UUAUCGAACGUCACGUUCUACAGUAAACAUUCCACCAAUGAGAAGAUCUGAUUUGACACGGGAGGGAGAGGUGCGCCCUUCAGUGUAUUCAACAGCGAUGGAAGUUGUUUGUUUUUAAAGUUCCGUAUAAACAUAACCGGUUCGGUUUAAUCGCGUUCGUUCGUUUUUACUUUGUCUCGUGUUUUUGACCAUGAUUUGGUUCGGUAGAGUUGCCAAACUUCACUACGGAGUUCUCCGCUGCUCGCUCUCCUCUGCCUCUGGAAAAAGUUCCAGCGCGAUUCAAGUUCCCUACUUGUCCAGACAGUGGUGUAGAUAUGGGGCACCAAGACCAGUUCACUACUACAGCACCCUACCACCUGCCACAGGUAACUCAGAUAUAUCUAUACAGUAUAAGUAUGGACGACCAGUGUUGUCUCUCCCCCUGCCCUCCCGCAGUGAGUUGUGUCAGUUCAGUCUGCGUCCCAUGUUGAUGACAGUAACAGACUUCCUGUCAGACAUACAGAGAGAGGACCCUGGAGUAGCUAUCGCAGCUGUACUGAACACAGAUGGAGAGAGGGUUUGCUCUAGCACCUCUAUAGACACAGUUCUCAAUCAGGACUUCCAGAUCCUCAUCAACAGCACCAUCUACAGGAUACACUCCCCGGGCAGAGAGUCUCCAGAACAUUCCACCAGUAUAGAUGACAUGAAGACCGUCGUCCACAUGCUCCAGUCAGCUCUCAACCUGCCAGAACACCAGCAACUGAGACAGAUUCAGCUUCUCCGCAGACUGGAUACACUGAAGCAGGAGCUGGGACCUCUGGAGGAGGUGCGGGCCCAAGUGGCUGGGAGGGCGGAGUCUCAGUCGAUGCGUGUAGAGUGGGCGGUGCUUGCCUUUCUCUCUCUACAGGGAAGCUUUCUGGGAUACCUGACUUGGUUUGUGUUUGCCUGGGACGUGAUGGAACCAGUCACCUACUUCAUCACCUACGCUACCAGCAUGGGCUUCCUGGGCUACUACAUACUCACUAAACAGGAGUUGCUCUAUCCGGAUGCUAAGGACCGUCAGUUUCUCCACUUCUUCCACAAGAGAGCAGCAAUGGAACACUUUGACACACACAGAUACAACGCACUACGAGACCAACUGGCUACGGUGGAGAGUGAUCUGAAACGCCUGAGGAACCCUAUUCAACUACAGCUACCAGUGGACCCCAUUCAGCCCAGCAACUAAACACCACACACACUACACACACUAAACACUACACACAUUAUACACACAAUACAAAAGGAGCAAUAUUGUAGCACCUUAAUUUGUUCUGCGUAACACCAGCUCUACAUUACAUCUCACGUGGACUCAGAGAAAUAUGUCAUACGCCUGGGUUCAAAGAAUAUCAUUUCAGAGAUUUACUAUAUGAAAUAAAUUCAUCAUUUUUAUCUGUGCUUGAUUGAGCUUGUCUGGAUUAGUGGACCAAUCGAAUAGUCCCAAAACCUUAAACCCCGCCCAUUUGGCACUUCAGGCAGGCUAAAACAAACACUCAAAGUGUUUCAAAUAUUUGUUUUAACGUCUGGUCUCGGGGUCUCUGUCUGUUGAGUAUAUCGGAUCUGGGUUCUGUGCAGCAUCUUUGUUCUGAAGUAGAGUAUCUGGGUUCUGUGUAGUAUCUUUGUCUCUUGGUUCAGUCAGCUUCUUCAGAAAGCAUUCAAACCCCUUGACCUAUUCUACAUUUUGUUGUGUUAGAGCCUCAAUUCAAAAUGGAUUCAAUAUAAUUAUAAUAUCCUUCUUUUCUCACCCAUCUAAUAAUGACAAAAUUAAAACAUGUUUUUAUACCCCUUGAAUGAAAUACAGAAGUAUCUAAUUUACGUAUUCAACCCAGCUGAGUCAAUACAUGUUAGGAUCACCUUCGACAGUGAUUACAGCUGUGAGUCUUUCUGGGUCAGUCUCUAAGAGCUUUGCACACCUGGAUUGUUGGUUGUUGAUCAUUGCUAGACAGCCAUUUUCAAGUCUUGACAUAUAUUUUCAAGAUGAUUUAAGUCAAAACUGCAGUGAAGAUUUGGCCUUGUGUUUUAGGUUACUGUCCUGCUGAAAGGUGAAUUAAUCUCCCAGUGUCUGGUGGAAAGAAGACUGAACCAGGUUUUUCCUGUCCUUAGCUCUAUUCCAUUUAUUUUUAUCCUGAAAAACUCCCUAGUCCUUGCUGAUGGCAAGCAUACCCACAACCUGAUGCAGCCACCGCCAUGCUUGUGCAUAUGGAGAGUUUUACUCAGUGAUGUGUUGGAUUUGCUCCAAUCAUGACACUUUGUAUUCAGGACAAAAAGUUAAUUUCUUUAUCACAUCUAUUGCCGUAUUUACAGCCUUUUUGCAAACAGGAUGAAUGUUUGGGAAUAUUUUUUAUUCUGUACAGACUUCCUUCUUUUCAUUCUGUCAAUUAGGUUAGUUUUGUGGAGUAACUACAAUGUUGUUGAUCCAUCCUCAGUUUUCUCCUGUCACAGCCAUUAAACUCUGUAACUGUUUUAAAGUCACCAUUGGCCUCAUGGUGAAAUCCCAGACAGGUUUUCUUCCUCUCUGGCAACUGAGUUAGGAAGGACGUCUGUAUCUUUGUAGUGACUGGGUUUAUUGAUACACCAUCCAAAGUGUAAUUAAUAACUUCAUCAUGCUCAAAGGGAUAUUUAAUGUCUGCUUUUAUUUUUUUACCCAUCUACCAAUAGGGGCCCUUCUUUGUGAGGCUUUGGAAAACCUCCCUGGUCUUUGUGGUUGAAUCUGUGUUUUAAAUUCCCUGCUCGACUGAGGGACCUUACAAUAAUCUGUAUGUGUGGGGGUACAGAGAUGAAAAUCGUCAUUCAAAUAUUAAACACUAUUGUUGCACACAGA